AUAAUUUUAAGUUUUAAUAAUCUUUAUUACUGAAACUAAAUUAAGAAGAAGAGUGUAACCUAUAAUAAAAAAUAUUGACUUUUUGACAAUUAUAAAAGGGGUAGGCAAGGUGCUGUUUCCUAAUAUUUUGUAUUUUUUUAAAAUUCGAAAUUGAAGUGAAGAAAAAUGUCAGAAAAAAAUAAAACAGUUUUAACUGAAACGGAAGAACAGAUUUUCAAAGCUAUUGAAAACAAUGAUGUAGUUCUAUUGAAGACUUUGCUUUCGCAAGUAAAAAACGUGAAUAUAGUUGAUGAAAAUUCUAUGACUCCUCUUCAACAUGCCGCUUAUAAGGGAAAUAAGGAUCUGGUGCAAGUACUUUUAGAUCAGGGAGCUGAUGUAAACUACUGUGAACAUCAACAUACAUACACAGCUCUACAUUUUGCUGGACUGUCUGGAAAUUCUGAUGUCUGUCUUGCACUUUUAUUAGCAGGAGCAAAGUCCCACAUCACUAACACAGUUGGCCGCACGCCAUCACAAAUGGCUGCAUUUGUAGGACAUCACAAUUGUGUUGCCGUAAUAAAUAGUUAUAUCCCAAAAUCUGAUGUAGACUAUUACACAACAGAACCACCUAAUAAAGCACCAUACCUACCACCCUUUUUAGCUGAAAGCUUCCAUAGAUUUGUAAUGCAGACAAACAUAAAUCCCAUAAAGGUGGUUUUGAAUGUUCAAAAUUUUGUAGGCAUUUCUGAACAUCUAUCAGAAGUUAAAAAAGUUCUGGAGCUUAUGUGUGAAAGAGAAAUAAAAAGGGGAGCUGAUAGAAAUGAAGUGAUGUCCUUCAAAUUUCAUUAUCUAGGAUAUAUUGUUGGAGAAAUUUUGAAAGUGAGACAAAGGCAGUCAGCUAAAAAAGAUGAAUCAGAAGAAGAAAAAAAACUAGACAUUACUGAAUUGUUUACAAGGAAGCUUUUAAAACCAGGGAAAGAUGGCCACUUAGAAUUUAUGGAUUCAUUUUUAAAAGAAUGUAUUAGAGAAUUUCCAUACCGGGAUUGCACUCUAUUUCGUCAGAUGGUUGCUAGCUUAGCCAGCAAAGAUCCACCGACAGCUUUGAGUGUAAUAAGUCAUGCUAUAAAUGGACAAAGAGGGUUUGAAGAUAGUUUAUCAGUAUGCAAUACCUGUGGAGAAGAAAAACCUGCUAAAAAAUGUUCGAAAUGUAAAGUCGUUCAAUAUUGUGAUAGAAGUUGCCAGAGGUUGCAUUGGCAUUGGCAUAAAAAGGCAUGUCCUAGACUGAGCCAAAUGAUUGAUACAGAUCCAUUAACCAAACCAGAUGCGGCUGAAUUGUCGACUGACCUACAAAAUCUUUUAGUAAAUAAUUGAAAUUUAGUAAUUUCUACUUGUUUUAUUUAAUAUCUAAUAAACACAGCUCUGUGAACAAAGCAAUUAAUUUUAAGUAAACUACUACAAAAUGU